UGUGAAGACAGACGACAGAGCCAAGAUGAGUGUGGCGGCCAAGAUGUCUCUGUUUAAAGAGCUAGAGAAGUCAGCAGCCCCUGAGGCCUCCUCCUUUCUGAAGCCUCGCUCUGGCRGCGUCGCGUAUGAACGCAGAGUACGCCGCGGCAACGAGCACCGCUCACUCACUCAGCCAAUCACCUGUGAGGAGAUGGUGGUGGCCACCAGCACCCCCCAGCCAGCAGAGUCAGGCGAGGCCCAGGCUGUGCAGGCCGAGGCGGAGGCGGUGGAGGACGAUGAGAACAAUAAGCUGACUAUGAGUGAGAAGCUGGCUCUGUUCAACAAGCUGUCCCUGCCAGGGAGCCAGGGGGACGCCUCUCCUGAUGCCCCCCCAGAGAGACGCAGGCAGAAGGGGGCACGCUACCGCACACAGCCCAUCACCKUGGAGGAGGUCAGCCUGCUCCAGAAAGGCCCCAUCCAACUGCCCCCGCUGCGCCUGUCCCCCACCCUCUCCGACCGGCAGCAGGAGCAGUCCAUCAAUCUGAGGCCCAGCGAGGUGCGUCAGGCCCAGCCUCGACCCGGGGCCGACGUGGAGCCUACCACAGGACCUGACCCGUCCCAGCAGGGCCUGCAGCAGCGCAGGGACUCUGAGCCAGGAGAGAUCAGAGGCAUCCUGAGGAAGAGCGCCUCUGGAGGACCAGUAUGGGACCGAGACAGAGACACUAUGUGGGAGAACAGACAGCAGGACCAGAACGGAGGAGGGGAGAGGGGCAACGAGGUGGAGGAGAGGAGGGCAGAAAGACAUGAUAAUGUACCAGUGCCUUGUAGAGAGAGACCAGCCUCCUCUGCCCCCUGGAGACAGAGGAACAGGAACAGGAGGGAGACGGUGGCCGUGUGUGGCCCAGCCAGUCACCCCCAGGAGGARAGGCCUUCCCUGGCUGAACAGAGAAAGCAGAUGGACCCCCCUGGGAACACCUCUGGGAGAGACAGGCUGUCAGAUGCUUCCAGGGAGGAGGAAGAGGAGGAGAGGGGGGGCAGGGUGAGAAGAGACACUCCUCCCAGACAACACGUCCAGGUGACCUUGGCGGACCAGAGGAAGGUAAGACAAGCGGCCAUCUUACUGGACCUCGCUUUAGUCUAAACACACAGACACACCUCAGUCAGAGCAGGCAGCUACUGGGAAUGGUGGGCAGUGGAUAGAUGCUGACAUCACUGUUUUGCAUUGGGAAUCUCACACGGACUGAGCUCRUGUGUUUYGGAGCYAGUUGGUUGGCUGUUUAUAGUUGAUUUGGGUCUSCACUUGUGUUUAGCAUCUUGAAUAUGUUGGYUCAGAAUUACAGUGGGGCAAAUCCAGUCUUAGCCUGGAAAGCAGAGCAGCGGACAGCUGUGGACAUAUCAUUCUCAGUCAGAUAGAUAGAUAGAUCCACAGGAGGCUCCCAGACAAUCCCUAGUCCCCAGRGUCUGUGAUACUAUGGCUUGGCCCCACUGUAACACUCCAYACCAGCCCAGCCCAGAGRAAAGGCCCUGGCUUCCACUUGUAAUCUCUAAUCCUCKGGGUGGCUGUCUGGAACCAGUGGGUUUAGUGUAACCUGUCAGUCAGGGAAAGAGGGGAGGAUGAGGGUCACCAGGGGGAUAGAUCACAGGGRAGAUGGCCUGGAUUUGGGAUGCAUUGUAAAAGAGGGAAUGCUGUCCACACACUGCCCAGAAAUUAUAUCRAAAUAGUAUAUUUAUUUAGAAUAAGGUGAAAAAGUUAAAAGGUGUGGAGUGCGUGGCCAGGUAGGAGGAGUUAGUUAGCUGUCCUUUCUGUUCUUGAAGGUAGAACAGAUAUGUUGUGUAGGCUGGUUCAGAAAGCAGAGUG